UUGCUCUUUGCCACCUUCAUAUCGAUCUUGAACUGCCGACAUGGUGGCGGAUACUGCCUAUUAUGACCUCCUCGAGAUUCACGUCGAGGCCACAGAGGUCGAGAUCAAGCGCGCCUACAAGAAAAAAGCGAUGAAGCACCAUCCGGACAAAAACCCAGACGACCCCUUGGCGCAUGAGACUUUUCAGGCUAUAGGACAGGCGUACGAAACGCUCAUGGACCCCAAUCUUCGGGAAAGCUACGACCGAUAUGGGCCGGACGGGCCGCCGCGCGGAGGUGGCGGGUUCGCCGACGAAUUCGACAUGUUUGACGCCAUGUUUGGUGGCUUUGGCAUGGGUGGCCGCGGCGGCGGCGCAUCGUUCGGCUUUGACCCCGCAGGGCGAGGGCCAAGGCCAACGCGUGGCCACAACACUGACGUUGAGUACCAGAUUACUCUCGAGGAGGCGUACAAAGGCAAGCGGGUCGUGAUGGCCCUUGAGCGCGACCGCAUCUGCAAGACGUGCAAGGGACGAGGAGGACGCGAGGGCAUGAAGAUGACUACGUGUGGCAAGUGUGAGGGCAAGGGCGUCAUGUUCGCGGACCGACAUCUGGCACCAGGUGUUGUUGGGAAGAUGCGUGUCACCUGCACCGACUGCGACGGAGUCGGUGAGCAUAUUCGCGAGAGAGACCGUUGCAAGCGCUGCAAGGGCAAGAAGGUCAUGAAGGAGAAGAAGAGGGUCGAGUUCCAGAUAGAGCCUGGGACAGAGCACGGAGAGCGCAUCGCACUCAAGGGAGAGGGCGACGAAGAGCCGGAUGUUCCAGCGGGCGAUGUCAUCUUCCACAUUCGAAUCAAGCCGCACACGACAUUCAUGCGCCCUACGCAGUCGCCAUAUGAUCUCCAGACAACGGCCACCCUGAACUUGUCAGAGGCACUGCUGGGCUUCAGGCGCAUCCUCAUCGUCCACCUUGAUGGGCGAGGGUUGCGUGUCGAGUCGAAGCGUGGCGAGCGCAUCAUCCAGCAUGGCGAUGAGCUCGUAAUUCACGGCGAGGGCAUGCCCGUGCGUGGAACCGCAUCCAAAGGUGACCUUUACAUCAAGUUCAAGGUCGAGAUGCCUGGUGUAUCGUGGGCAGCGCGGCAGAGCGAGGACUCUGUGCAGCUGCCUGCGCCACUGCCUGACCUCGACCCAGAGCCUGAGAAGGUGGACGUGCGUCACCUGUCGCCUGUGCGACGAUAAAUGAUAAAAGCUAGACACAACUCAAGUGUACGACCACACCUGUAUGCAUAGGAGCUGUAAGCAUGCACACACUUCGCACCAUGCAUGGCAAAGAAUGCGACAAGGG